AUGGGUCAGGGCGACCACACAUGCUUUGCGACGGUUUUUGACGCCGACGUGGCGGUUAUCCCACUGACAUCGAGCUUCGCCGGGAAGCCGUCCAAGGAGGAGGUGCAUGCGAGGCUCGCCGACUGCGACGCACCCCUUCGAGAUGGCCGAUGCGUAGUUGCGGCCGACGCCUGUGACGACAACGGCGUGGAGGUUCCUUCGGCAUCCCAAGCAGUAGGUGCCGCCCCCACCGUCGCUGAUGCGCGUGGCACGUCGAUCGGAAAGCCGGGAGGCGGCGUCAACGAGGACGAAGCGGCGGCAAUAAAGGGGGUGACCGGGACCAAUGAGAGGCAGCAGGACGAGGUUGGCCAUGAGGAUGAUGAUCGGGUCCAUGAUCUUGAGGAGGAGGGGGGCUCGGAGGAGUCGACGUCGGAGUCAGAGUCGGGGUCGGAGGAGGAGCAGGAGGCUCAGGAUCAGGAGGAGCAGCAGGGGAAGCAACACGAGGAGGAGCAGGAGGUGGAGGUGAAGGACGUGGAAAUGGAGGAUUACGGGGCUGAAGGAGCGGCGAAAACGGGAGAGAGAUCGGCGGAGGUCGAGCACGAGAAGGGGGAGGGGAAGGGUGCGUCAGCGGAGCUCGGAAUGGAGAAAGUUGUCGGCGUGGAGGCGGCUCACGGGGGGAGUGGGAUGGUCGUGGUCGGCGAUGGGAUGGACGUUGUCGACCACGAGGCCGCCGAGGGGGAGCGGUCUAUGAAGAAGAAGUCGGCGAGCGGUCAUCCCGAUUCCACCGCAGCUGGGCGGCAGGCGCGGCUGGACGUCGUCGAGCAGCUGAGAGCGGAAAACAAGCGAUUGCGUGCCGACAAUGCACGCCUUGAACGGCAGCUCGGUGAGCAGACAGGGUGGGAUGACGAGUUGGCGGCGGCCGUAGCUGGGCUCCUCGACAAGCUGAAAGAUUUGACCGCCAAGGUCCCCGAAACCGACCGGAAAUCAGUGGAGCGCCUCAAAGAGGCCUCGUCGACCAUGGCGACCACAAUCACCGACGGCCUCACCGACAACAUGGACAGCGCAAUUCGAUCGGGCAAGUCUUUGGGCGAGCUAGCGAGGCAGAUGCUACUGGAUCUUGACGACCCCAACGGACGAAUGGCGGUCGCGCUCGCGACCGCGGUGGACACUUUGGUCGAGCACGUGACGGCUGAGGUGGGUGAGGCGAGGAAGGGGUUGGAGGAGAUGGUCAUUAAAUACAUCAACGCUGCGCAGACCAACAUUGCCACCGCCGUCUCUCCCCGCUUCGUCGUUCAGCAGCCGCCGCCGACCGCCCCAGCGCAGGCCUUGUCGGCCGAGUUCCUGAAUUCCUUCAAGGAGGAUGUGCUGAAGGCGGUGACGGAGACCACGCAGCAGUCCUUUCUCACCUCCGGAUUGAAGAUAAUAAUAGAGGUGGUCGGCACGGUGGCGACUGCUCGGCGUGGGUCGUCGCCGUCGGCAAACGACACCGACCAAGCGCAACCUACGGAGGCCAAGAAGCAGGCCGGGAGGUCUCGUCUCGCCGGCGACGGGAGCAAGGGGGCCGGAGAAGGAGGCGGCGGGGGGGGAGACGGAGACGAUUCGGCGAGCGUGAGGCGGAGCAAAGGAGCGGGGGGUUCUCGCGUCGCCAGCGACGGGAGCAAGGGAGCCAGUGAAGGCAGUUCGGGGAAGCAGUCGGGGAAGAGCGUGGUCGACUUCCUCAAGAAGCACUGGGCUACUGUUUCAUCGCCCAGCACGGGCCAUGGUGGUGGGGGUCCCGCCGACGAGCAUGCCGCUGAUGACGCACGGCCAAGGGCUCCACCAUCGUUGGCCAAGAAGCCACGACGAGAGGGUAGCAGAGAGAAAGGGCUGAGCGGCAAGGAAAAGGCCGCCGCCAAAACAACCGCUGGCGGUUUCGCGAAACCUGGCCAGGGGCCGACUGCCGGGGUAGCGGAGGCGUCAGCGGUUCCUCACCAGCCACCCGCGGGUGCACGCCCUCCGACCAGAUCGUCUGCCGGGCGACCUGCCGACGUCCCGCGCCAUGCCGACGUCCCGUCUGCCGACAAGGUUGGCCGCACGGGGAAAGUGGCGGCAGUUGCUGACGCGCUAAAGGAGCAGCUUUGGCUCCUUGCUGGCCACAAGGCUGCUCAACAGCCUCCUCCCGCUGUCGACGUCCCAUCGGCCUCGUCGACUGCGCCAACUCAGCAGGCAUCUGGCUCUGGCGCUAUGCCGUCGUCGGGGAAUGUCGCACCACCCACCCCUGUGGCAGCUGAGGUUGAGAAAGCGGCGGAGAAGGGCGUUCGUGCCGCAAUUGCCACCGGCGGCGGCCCUGUUGAGGAGGUCCCCCCCGACGCGGAUAUCGCUGCCAUACAGGCCCAUCUGGAUGCCGCCAAACCCCGAACACUGGCCAUCUCCGACACGACACACGUGGAGCCUUCGGCGGGUUCCGUCGGCAGUUCAGCAGAGCCUAGUGUGAUCAAUGAUGCUGUCGGUGAAGGAAAGGCGAAACGGAAGGGGAAGGCGGGCUCACAGAGGAAGACGCGGGAGAGGUCGGAGGUGAAGGCGGCGGAUAGAGGGAAGGCGAAGGCGGCGGAGACAGUGGCCGACAAAGAUGGUGGCGGCAAUACGGGGGUGAAAGGGAAAGCGGGGGAGAAUCAGGAGAAGUCGCUCGGCGAGGGAAUGGGGAAGGAGAAGGCGGUCGGCGAUGCUUCGUCGAAGGGGAGAAAGGGAAAGAAGAAGGCGGAGGAGGAGGAUGAGGAGGUCGAGGAGGUGGAGGAGGUAGAGCAUGAGGAGGAAGAGGAGGAGGAGGAGGAGGAGGAGGAGGAGGAGGAGGAGGAGGAGGAGGAGGAGGAAAAGGGCAAGGAGAGGAGGGGUCAUGGCAUCCGACACGACAGCUUGGGCGACGGGCUAGGGUGGGUCGGCGAGAUUAAGGUGCAUGGCAUCAAUCGAUACAUCAGCAAGUCGCAUGACAAGAUGGAGCUCGCGUACGUGCACUCCAUCGCGUUCGUCGUAUACGACGGUUUCGUGAGCAAGGUGCUCGUGUCCGAGCUCACCGUCUUGGACAGCGCCGAAUUGGAGAGGUGGAAGGAGGUGUGGGAGGAGGUCAAGAUCUUGCCGACAGGGAUGUGGACGGUGAUGUGGGCCCGUGACGAUGCCAACACCGAGGAUGGCCAGGAGAAGUCGGCGUCUACGAUGUCGGCGAUGAUAGGUCGCGUGUCCAUGUGCGCUGCGUAUGGGAAGAUCGCUGCAAACGCGGCGAAGGAGGGAGACAAGGAGGAGAAGACGGAUAUGGCGGCAUGGGCUUUAGCAGCGUCCGCAUGCGCUGUGUGGUGCUUCGUCGAGAUCGGCGACGCCCAGGUGGCGGGUGGUGUGGAGGAAGGGAAGGCGGCAGCGCUUGUGGGCGGAGCAAGGGACCGCCUCCUGGGAGAGGUUGCUUACAACGUCGCGCCAGCGCUGCAGAGGCACGCCCUUGACAAGGUCUACCCGGGGGGGAAUGCUGGCGUCGAUGCCGACGUGGUCGCUAGAGCCACGGUCGAGACCAUGGCGUUCAAGGGAAUGUGCCCCGUCGCCGGGCCGAAACUCAAAGCGAAGGGUAUCGCAGUGCUAUGCGACGCGCAGAUGAAGGCCGAUCUUGACAACAGGGGGAGGAAGGGUCAGAGGGGCAAGAAGGGGACGAAGGCCAAGGGCGGCACGGGGAAGAAGGGGACGAAGGCCAAGGACAGCGCGGGGAAGAAGGGCCAAAAGGGGACGAAGGCAAAGGACAGCACGGCGGCGUAG